CAGCUGUCAAAGUCAAAUAUCACAUGUCAAGUAAUUUUCCCAUUAUUCCGGAAGUUUUUCCUGAUUUUCUUUUUUCAAAAAUCUUGUAAUUUAACAAACAGUUAACGAGAAAUUCUUAUUAUUACUCUUUUUGUAAAAACUUCUAUUUAAUAACCGCUCUUUUAAACGUAGAUAGACCCGUAAGAUUAAACAUAACCUAAGAUGCCAGCAGUACCAGGAGGUGUUUAUUCCCAGCAAGGACCAUCAUGCUUUGACAAAAUGAAAAUGGGCUUUCUGCUAGGUUUUUGUGUAGGAAUAGCCAGCGGAGGGAUAUUUGGAGGAUUUUCAGCACUUAGGGGAGGUCUAAGAGGUAGAGAACUUGUAAACACAGUAGGAAAAGUAAUGCUGCAAGGAGGAGGAUCAUUUGGGACAUUUUUAGCAAUUGGGUCAGGCUUGAGGUGUUAGCAGCUAAGACUAGAUUCUCACUAAUACUAAAUGUAGAUUUAUCUAUUGUUAUGUUUGUUUUAAUAAAUUUUUGUAAGUUUUAGUAGGUA